UUUCCCUGUCGCAGUACAGGCCUCCAUGCUGCAUAUAUACCCUCAUCUCACCAGUCAGCAGCACAUCACUGCACAGACAAACACAGUCGCACCUCGUCUGCGCCCAACCCGCCAGUGGAGCAGGACUACCCCGAGAACGGACUCCAACGAAACGCACCUCUCCUCUCCUCUCCUCUCCUCCUCUCCUCCUCUCCUCCUCUCCUCCUCUCGCUGGUCCGCCGAGCGCAGACACCAGCAGGUUUCGGACUCCGGGUUUUAUUCUCCUGCUCACUCUUUAAGGCUUCUCCCCUCUCCGGUUCUUGAGAAGAGAGCCGAUCGGAACGCGCUGUUGAAACCGAAAAGACCGAAAUUCGCCAGGAUCUGAAAGUGAUGAAGGGCGCUAAAGAACAGUCCCAGACGCUGCUGCUGGACGUGGAGGUGGGGCUGGAGACGCAAAGGCACACGUCGCGGCCAUGGCGAUGGGCCGCCGCCGCGCUGGCCGUGUCGCUGUGCGUCGCCGCCGCCGUCCUCCUCACCUGGCGCAUGCAGGAUCCAGACCAGAGCCAAGAAGGAAGUGGCUUGCAGCUCAAACUCAGGGAGCUGGCUGGAAGCGACAAAGCUGCUAUUCAUUUAGAAGCGGAAGAUGACGUGAAGCGCCCAAAUUCGGUGCUCUGGAGCAAAGACACGGGCCAUACCUUUUACCAGGGGGGCCUGGACCUGGAGAACAACGAGAUCGUGAUCCCGCGGGAGGGGCUGUACUUCGUCUACAGCCAGGCGUCGUUCCGGACGAACUGCCACACCCAGUCGGGCGCGGGCGAGCUGGUGCACAUCAGCCACGCGGUGGAUCGCUUCUCAGACUCGUACGGUGGCACGCAGCCGCUGAUGUCCGCCUUGCGGCCCACCUGCGUGAAGGUGGCGGGCGCACGGGGCAGCGGCAAGAGAUGGCACAGCGGCAUCUACCUGGGCGGAGUCUUCAGGCUGCUGGAGGGGGACAGGCUCCGCACCGUCACCCAAGACCUGCACUCCCUGGAUAGAGAGGCCGGCAAGACCUUCUUCGGCGCCUUCACCCUGUAAACGAGAAUAACAAGCAAAACAGGAAGGAGGAGGAGGACGAAAAGGGAAAAUCAGAAAAAUCUAUUAUAAGGACCCUCCUUUUUUAUGUAAGGAUACUUGAACAUAAUUUAUCUUGGACAUUUUUGCUAUCCUCCUUCUUACAUGAUUAAAAUGAGGGGAUAGUGUGAUAUUAACUAUUUAUUACGACAGACAAGCUAAUGUUUAGGCUAAAAAUUGGCAUGGAUGCUCACCGUACUGUGAGUUCCAUGAAAGACUGAUAAUGCGAGUGAACGCGAUGGCGAAGGACUGACCGACUGCUGACAUGUUGAGAGGAGCGCUUGCAGUGUUUCUGUCAGACUCAGACCGAAGGUUUAAUUGCUUUACAUUAAAACAACUGCGAUCUUCGGUCAGAGAAAUAAGAACAACCGUGGAGGUUAACGCUCCGUGCCUUACAGUACAUUACUGUGAUUUUUCAUAAUGAACUUUUAUCAAGUCAAACAGACUCCCAUGACCCUUUGCUGCAGGGUUGUUUCUUCUCCCCUGUUAUUGGCCAGGGACGGGUUUUUUCCCAGUUAUGAAUGUACACGUUCCACUGUUUCUGUGUAUUUAUUUAUUUGUUUAUGAAUCUAUUUAUUUAUUUCGUAUUUAUGAAUUUAUUUAUAUUUAUCCUAUUUAUCGGUUGUAUUUUGUUUUUCUUUAAAAACUCUAAAGAGACUGAAGUAUUUGUGAAUGUUUAUUUGCUUGUGUCGCGGAAUGCAAAGCAAACCACUGACCUACCACUCAAAUAAAAUCUUAAAAUCAAA